AUGGCGGCCACUCAACAGCACGCACAACGGGAGCAAGCCCGCGAGCACCUGGCCAUCCUCAGGUCACGGAUGCAGUUCAGGAACGACCGUGCGGGCGCAGCCCGCUGGCAGGAGCUGAAGAAGAAGAUCAACGAGAGCAUCGAGCAAGUAUUCGCGGAGGGCGCUCACAGGAACAACACCCUUGACGCAGCACCAUCCGUGUCUCUCGACAAGACGAUCGUCAUUCGGUGCGACCUCACUGUUGGUGAAGUCCACCAGACCGUCUUUGUCUGCGUUGAACACGGCGCUCAACUCGAGCAAGCUGCGGUUGAAUGGGCGAAGAUUUGUCACGGCAGGAACUAUGAGCGCGAACGGCUGCUUCCAGAGUCUGAACUUAGUCCCUUCCACUUGGAAGGUACACACUUCCUACGGACCGAUACGGCUUUGCAGGUUGGUUUCAAGAACGGUUCGUUUAUCAAGCUCCUGUUGGUCUGA